CGACGCCGCCGCCUAAACCCCCCGCAGUUUGCAAGAAUGGCGUUAGCUAAUAAGAUUGGUAAUCUGCUCAAGAAAGCCACAAGCUCAAGUCCAUCUCUCUAUCAAUCAAUCAGAUGCAUGUCAUCCUCAAAGCUCUUUGUUGGAGGCCUUUCCUAUGGCACAGAUGAGCAGAGCCUCAGAGAUACUUUUGCCAAUUAUGGUCAAGUUAUCGAAGCUAGGAUCAUCACUGACCGUGAAACUGGGAGGUCUAGAGGUUUUGGCUUUAUAACCUACACAUCAAGUGAAGAGGCUUCGGCUGCCAUCACAGCCUUGGAUGGAAAGGAUCUUGAUGGCCGGAACAUAAGGGUUAACACUGCUACUGAGAGGACGAGUGGCUUCCGUGGUGGCUAUGGCGGCGGCGGUGGCGGCUAUGGUGGUGGUGGUUAUGGUGGCAGCGGCGGUGGCUAUGGUGGUGGUGGUUAUGGCGGCGGCUAUAGCGGUGGUGGUGGCGGCGGUGGCUACCAGGGUGGUGGUUAUGGUGGCAACAGUGGAGGAGGGUAUGGCAACAGGGGUGGCGGCGGAGGUGGUUACGGAGUUGCAGAGGGAGCUGCAGGCAGCGACGCCUUCUCUGGGAUGAACCUAGGAGGUGAUGGUGGCUUUGGUGGAAACCCUGCUGGUGCUGGAGGAUCCACUCCAGGUGGUUUCUCUGGUGCUGCUGGUGGCAGCUUCGAGAGCAGCAAGAAUGAUGAACUCAUGGAUGACCUCUUCAAGGAUGACGAGCCCGACAACUACGCCAACAAGCAGGGCUAGGUCGACGACCCCUGUGAGCCCAAAGUUUGCGAUCUAGUUACGAACCGACGGAAAAAUAGUGUUGUGACCUGCAUGCAUUUGUCAUGCAGAGUCAGGUCAUAUAUCGGUUUCCAGAACAAUUUGCAGUGACUGGGUUUUUGGGUUCUUUGCUUAUUUUCAUAGAUGUGGUGUAAUAACGUAACACAUCACUCAAGGUAUUACUAGUUAUGUUAUGUUUGAAGUGACAAUGAAGACGUGCUUUACUUAAACUGCCGAUGCUGCUGUAUUUUGUGAUUUGCUUGAGUGCUGCCGAUGAAGUGCGUCGUUCACUGGAGCCGUUAUUGUUGAAAUGUUUUUUUCAACAAA